UGGCCGUGAGGUGCAAAACACUUCAACAUUAGCGAAACACCUACAAACUUUGAAACACCUACAAACUUUAAUGAAGCACAAUUACAAAAGCACCGUGACAUUAACGAAACCCCUACAACAUUAACAAAAGUGCUACAACAUUAACGAAAGCACUACAAACUUUAUUGAAGCGCAAUUACAAAAGCAUUGUAACAUUGACGAAACCCCUACAACAUUACGAAAGCGCUACAACAUUACAAAACCCCCACAACAUUACGAAAGCGCUACAACAUUAGCAAACCGGAAGAGGUACGUCCCAGUGGGAAACCUAAGACGUCGUUGAUUGGACGACAGCUCGUUUUACUUUUGAACCGGAAGUUAUUCUGGGUUUAACGUGUUUUUUAAAAACAUGAACAUUCUUGGUGAUCCAAACCUGUCUACUGCUAUUGCAGAGUAUUUUGAGUCAGGACAUACAUAUGACGUGAUACUGGACAUGCUCCGGACCAACCACGGCGUGUCAGUUAGUUUGCGUUCACUAAAGACUCAUUUGAAAGAAGGAGGGCUGCGUAGAAGAGGCAACUACUCUCCUCUUUCGGAAGUGAGGCGUGCCAUUAUGACCGAGCUGAGAGGACCAGGGCAAUUAUUUGGCUACCGGACCAUGUGGCAAGUUCUCAAACAAAAACACAACCUGCGUGUCAAACGUGAUGUUGUAAUGAGACUGUUAAGGCAGCUGAAUCCUCAAGGCAUCGCACUGAGGACUCGCCGGAGAUUUACAAGACGCACGUAUCACUCUAUGGGACCCAAUUACAUAUGGCAUGUAGACGGUUACGACAAACUGAAGCCAUUCGGCUUGGCCAUCUCAGGAUGCAUUGAUGGUUUUUCGAGAAGAAUGAUGUGGCUUGUUUGUGGAGCAACAAACAACAAUCCUUCUGUCAUUGCCCAUCAUUAUAUAAACUGUGUCAAGAGUAUUGGUGUGAUACCAAUGAGACUACGAACAGACCUCGGCACAGAGAACGGGACUGUGGCAGCAAUACAGUGUACCCUCCGCCAUGCGCAUACGGAUUAUUAUGCCGGGUCAUCAAGCCAUAGUUACGGAUCAUCCACAGGGAAUCAACGCAUCGAGUCAUGGUGGUCCUUUUUCCGAAGAGGAAGGUCUCAGUUUUGGAUGGACCUGUUUGGAGAUUUGAGAGACUCCGGAAACUUCAACGGAAGCCAUGAGCACCAGUGCUUGCUCAGAUUCUGCUUCACCAGAGUUCUUCAGAAAGACCUGAAUGAAUGUAAAGAUCUCUGGAAUAACCACAGGAUCCGGCCAAGCAGACUUGCAUCAUGUCCUGGUGGGAUUCCAAACGAACUCUAUCUCUUGCCUCACAGAUAUGGUUCAAGAGAUUGUGGCUUUCCUGUUGAGGACAGCGAUCUGGAUGUUUUCCCAGAAGCAAGUCAGGUGACAGAGUUGUGUGGUGAUAAAGACAUUGAGGAAUACCUACAGCAAGCAUUGCAACAACAUGGACAACAGCAGUCACAAGACUGGGAGUCAGCUAUGGAACUGUAUUUAUUGCUCAAACACACAGCGAGGCUGUGAACAACAAAAGCCAGAAUCCAAUCUUUUAAUAUUUUGUCUCCUGUUGAUUUUUCUUAAAUAAAACCUCAUUGUUAUACAGAACAGAAACAAAGUGUAUUAAACUUUUUUAUACACCAAAUUGUGCAUUCAGUCUGAACUUAGAUGAAAUUUCCACACAUUAAACUCUUAAUUCAAGUCUAGAUAUAAAUCUACAUUUACAGAUCUAAUUUUUUUUUUAAUUGCUUAUAGCUAUGUCUAGGUGGCAAAGUCUUGCUAUAAUCUUUUAAAUUAUGGUAAGAAAAACAUCAAAAACAAAAAUACAUAGUUUGCACAAAGGGAUUGUGCUGAUAGCAAUUUCUAAACU